AUGAGCGGCAUCGCUGACGCUUUCCAGCCGGUCCCCAAGGCCGCCACCGAGGCCGUCAUGGUCGCCUCCUCGGCCAUCCCGGACGAGGCGGUCAAGGUCGCCGGGUAUGAGUUCAACCAGGGUGUCGACUACGACCAGCUGUUCGCCUCCUUCGGCACCACCGGCUUCCAGGCCUGCCACUUCUCGGAUGCCGUGCGCAUCAUCAACAAGAUGCGCGCCUGGCGCCUGUCCGAUGAGCCCAUCAAGGAGGACGACUACGACGAGUUCGCCGACCCGGAGUUCCGCAAGAACUACCGCGCCAAGGUGUACCUGGCCUACACCAGCAACAUGAUCAGCUCCGGUGUGCGGGAGACCAUCCGCUUCCUGGUCGAGCACAAGAUGGUGGACGUCAUCGUCUCCUCGGCCGGUGGUGUGGAGGAGGACAUCAUCAAGACCUUUGCCCACAUGUACCUCGGCCGCUUCCAGAUGGACGACCGCCAGCUCCGCCGCGAGGGCCUCAACCGCCUGGGCAACCUGAUCGUCCCGAACGACAACUACGUCAAGUUCGAGGAGUGGGUCAACCCCAUCCUCGACAAGAUGGUCGACGAGCAGAAGGCCACCGGCGUCGUGUGGACCCCCUCCUCCAUGAUCCGCCGCCUGGGCCUGGAGCUGAACGACGACAGCUCGGUGCUCACCUGGGCCGCGCGCAAUGACAUCCCCAUCUUCUGCCCCGCCCUGACCGACGGCUCCCUCGGCGACAUGAUCUACUUCCACAACUACCGCAAGCCCGGCCUUGUGGUGGACCUCGUUGGCGACAUCCGCAAGAUCAAUGACUCCACCGUCUAUGCCCGCAAGACCGGCAUGAUUGUCAUCGGUGGCGGUGUUGUCAAGCACCACACCCUCAAUGCCAACCUCAUGCGCAACGGUGCCGACUGGGCCGUCUUCCUCAACACCGCCCAGGAGUUCGAUGGCUCUGAUGCUGGUGCCCGCCCGGAGGAGGCCCUCUCUUGGGGUAAGGUCCGUCUGGACGCCGACUACGUCAAGAUCGUCGGUGACGCCUCUUUCUUCUUCCCGCUGCUUGUGUCGCAGACGUUCGCCAAGGACUUCAAGAAGAAGGCCGACGAGGAGAACACCGAGAAGAAGGCCCCGCCCGCCCCGGGCGCGGCUGUGCCCGGGGUGCAUGCAUCCCCCCGCCGGGCCGGACCCGAUGAGUAA